AUGUCAAUCAAAACAAUUCUCCUGGAAAAAGAAUAUGAGAAGACAAUUGCGGAUUCUACGCGGUUACUAGACGCCGAGCGGGAUCGUGCAAGGCGAAUGGAGUACUUGCUCCUUCAAUUCGAAAGUGAAAACCUGCGUUUGCAGCUGGAUGAAGCCAACGCACGUCUGCAGGGGUCUGCGCGUACUGAAGCCGAGAUGUUGCUUCAACUCGAUCACGCUUGUCAAGAAAUCAGUCGCCUGGAACGGGGCGCUGCGAUUUCUUCCAGCGAGAUUGGAAAUCUCAAGGCUGAAUUAUCUACCUUGAACGAAUCGUCAACAAGCCACAAAAAGUUGAUGUCGGAGAACGUCCGUCUUUCUCGUGACGUGGCAAAUCUUACAUCCGAGCUAGAGCGUCUAAAAUCUCAGAGCGCCUCUCAGCAGGCAGCUUCGGUUGGGAGAUCGGAGAUAGAGCGGCAGCUAAACGCGUUAGAGGUCGAACUUGAGAACGAAAGGCAUGCUCAUGAGCGGACACGUGCAAAGGGAGUACAACAGGCAGCUGGCAUGAAUGCUCUGAUGGCUAGGAUUGAAGAACUUCAAGGGGAAAUUGUCAGAGAAUCGCGAGCAAAGCAACAACGCGAAAUCGAUGAGCGUCAGCAAUUCACAGCAUGGGAGAACAAACGUUCCGCGCUUGAGAGCAAAAUUGAAACAUUAAAGAAGCAAUUGCGAUCGACGAAAGACAAGCUCCAGGAAACCCAGCACGAUCUGCAACAGAGACGCAGCUUUGCGCGAGUCGGCGCCGAUGAAGAACCGGAGCCUCGGACACGGAUGGUUCCUCUUCAGCGUGCUGGCUCUAGUGCCAAUUACCAGGAAGGGGUUACUAUUGCAACCCCAGGGGCGGUUCGAGUACAAGAUAAAGCAAAUAGGCAAUCGGCUCUGCCAGGUGAUAAGUCCGUAUUUUCUAUAACUCCAUUUUUGAACAGAACUGGAGCUCCAAGGGACUCAUCCACUAGCUCAGAGGCAGAGGAAGACGAGCCGAGGGAUAAGAUUCCAAAGCCAAGCGGAUUGCCUGACAAGAUUCGCACCUUGAACGGCAUGGGCAUGGCUGUGGCUGGUGAUGGUUCCCCCGAGCCGAUUCCCGGGAAACGACCCUUCGCAGCCGUUUCAAAAUCAUUUUCUAAAAUCCACGAAGACCAGCCUCUCAGUAUAUCAAGGAAAGCAUCUACUACUAUACCAAGGAGAGAUGCAGGCGACCCUCGAGACACGCUUGUCGAUCCAGGGCAGGCGAGGCAACCUAGAAAACGCAAGCUAGGUGCCCAGCGUGGAGACCGGGCCUUAUUUGAUGAGGAUGUGGAGGAAGGAGCCUUUGAGGGUAAAAAGCCAGGGCGUAAGGUCGGGUUAGGAGGAAGCCGACCGUCGGCAUUCACUACGUCGCAGCCGCCUGGAGCACCUUCAGGAGCUGAAAGAUUGCCGCGAACUCUAGGGCUUGGAACAUUUUCGCCUCUGAAGCGUGACCACAAGUCCGCUUCUCAUCAUCUAGGCGAUGGCAAGCGCGUCAACAUAAAGAUCAAUUUACCCAUUGAUGAAAAAUAUCGAAUUUUCAAACGUGGCCAGACUGUUGUUGACUUGGGGUAUGCUCCGGGGUCAUGGUCACAAGUUGCCGUCGGUCGCACCCAGCCUAAUGGACGGGUGCUUGGGGUUGAUAUUAUCCCUGCCCAGCCACCGAGGGGAGUCUCGACCAUCCAGGGUAAUUUUCUCGCCCCCGAAAUACAGGCCUACAUCAAAGAGUUCUUGCGCAGCCCGAAUAGGGGGCGGCCCCGCCAGUCCGAUGUUUUCAGCGAUGUCGACCUCAGCCUGCUAGAGCCCGAGCAAGCAGUGCAAUCAAGGAUCACUGAUACUGCCAGUACCGGUACUGGAAGCACCGAUAGAUAUCUUGACAGAACGGUGGAUGUGGUUCUCAGUGAUAUGUCAGCUCCCUGGAUGAUGAACACUAGCGGUAAUAACUUUAGAGACCACGUCGGAAGCAUGGAUCUUUGUCACGCCGCUUUAUCUUUCGCCACGGUUGUCCUCAAGGUGGGAGGGCAUUUUGUGUGUAAAUUCUACCAGGGUGCCGAGGAUAAGGAGUUGGAGAAGGAGCUGAAAGACAGGUUUCAGAAGGUUCACCGACUUAAACCGGAAUCAUCUCGAAGCGAAUCCAAAGAGGCGUUCUUUGUCGGCUUAGAUCGCAGAGAAUAA